AUGGCCGUCGACCAAGGCACCCAAACGGGCAUCAUCCUCACCACCUCCCUCGCUGCCUUUAUCUCCGGCUGGCUAUUCGGAGUCUUCACAACCCGUGGCUACCUGAUCUCGCCAGCACUCGCCGAAGAACGUCACCGCAACCUGCACGACCCCGUGGAAAGCGACGAAAGCGACAUUGACGAGGACGACACCAUUCUCGACCAUGCGCCGAACUGGGCCAACGGCGCCGCUGCCGACCGCAAGCAAGGCCUCAGGGCAAACGCCCGCGUGGGAGGCAUGACGGAGCGCCAGACGCUGGAUGCCGAAUCCAACGAGGAGUGUAAGCUUGUCCUGGUGGUGAGGACGGACCUGGGCAUGACCAAGGGCAAAAUGGCCGCUCAAUGCUCCCACGCCACCCUCGCCUGCUACAAGGCCCUCGCCCGCUCCGCCCCCGACAGUGCCGAGCGCAAACUCCUCCAGCGCUGGGAGAAGCGCGGCCAGGCCAAGAUUGCAGUGCAAGUCAAGAGCGAGGCGGAGCUCAUGGACUUGCGGUGGAAGGCUCUCGACGCGGGCCUCACGGCCGAGGUGAUACAGGAUGCCGGCAGGACGCAGAUUGACCCGGGCAGCUUGACCGUCUUGGGCGUUGGGCCUGCGCCGAAGAGUGCCGUGGACAAGAUCACGGGCCAUUUGAAGCUGCUGUGA